AUGGGCGGCGUGCCCUGGAAGCGGGUGGAGCUCGCCGCGCUCGUCCUCUACGCGCUGGGCUUCUACCUCGUCGUGAUCCGGAAAUCGCUUCGCCUCUCGCACGAUUACUCCGGGAGGCUCUACGGACUACGCCCGGGAUCACUUGCGGGGCAUCUGAAUGACCUGUCCGAUGCGCAAUGGAGAAACUUCCGCGGGAACUUGCCUAUUCUGUCCGCUGUAAUGGGAACAUUUCUGGUAUUAGUUAAUGGACUGCGGUACUGCUAUGGCCUGAAAGGCCGAGGGACCGCCCUGUUGUGGCUUGUGCUGUCCUUGAGCUAUCUGUGUUAUCUUCACGGUGCUUGGUAUGCAACUCGCCAGCCCAUUUUGCUAUUUGCUCAUUAUAAGUAUUGCACAAGCCUCAUUUGGAGCUUCAACUUAUCUGUUCUUGUUCUUAACCGAGUUUAUGAAGGCUAUUCAUUCUCAUUGUUCGGAUCUGGGAAGCCAUGA